AUGGAUACUUUGAAAUCCAUGAUAUUUACUUCAUUUUCAUCCUCUUCUUCUUCCUCCUCCUCUGAUGAGGAGUCUGAUGAUGAAUAUAUGAUCACACUUUUAGCAGCUUAUGAGCAGAAUACCAGUAGUAUGCUUCAGAUUCUUAAAUCAAGUGAUAGCUCAAAGAAAAUAGGGGGUUCUGUUGUAGGUCACAAGUAUAUACGCAGAGAUAGAAGGCAAGGUCAUGACAGAUUGUUUGCAGAUUAUUUUGCUGCAAAUCCAGUGUAUUUAGCUACAAUAUUUCGGACACGUUUUCGAAUGCGUCGUCCUUUGUAUUUGCGAAUUUUGAAUGCAAUCGAAGCACACAAUUCAUAUUUUAUUCAAAAACAAGAUGCAGCUCAUGUAGUUGGAUUAUCUUCCCUACAAAAAAUGACUUCAGCGAUGAGAAUAUUAUCAUACGGUGUCGCAUCAGAUGCAGUUGAUGAUUACAUACGUAUUGGGGAAAGCACUGCGAUUCAAAGUUUGCAACAAUUUUGUUAUUCAGUGAUUGAAAUCUUUGGAGUAGAAUAUCUGAGAUCUCCGACACCAACUGACAUUGCUAGGUUACUUGCUAUUGGCGAGAUUCGGGGGUUUCCGGGUAUGUUGGGAAGUUUAGAUUGCAUGCAUUGGGAGUGGAAAAAUUGUCCAAAAGCAUGGCAAGGUCAAUACGUAGGCCAUCAAAAAAAGCCAACCAUUAUUCUUGAAGCAGUAGCUUCUCAUGACUUAUGGAUUUGGCAUGCAUUUUUUGGAAUGCCUGGGUCACACAAUGACUUGAAUGUAUUAGACCGGCCACCUUUGUUUUCUGAUCUUGCCCAAGGUAAGGCUCCCCCUGUCCACUACACUGUUAAUGGACAUAGUUAUGAUAUGGGUUAUUACCUUGCUGAUGGUAUAUACCCGCAAUGGGCAACACUGGUUCAAACAAUUUCUUCUCCCCAAGGAGCUAAGAGACAACAUUUUGCAAUGAUGCAAGAGUCUACCAGGAAAGAUGUAGAGCGGGCAUUCGAAGUCCUCCAAUUUUGA